AUGUCCGAGGCUUCCGGCCGUGCGGCGGGAAACGAGAUGCCGGCCAAGAGGCAGAAGCUGAGCAGCGACGAGAACAGCAACCCGGAGCUGUCCGGGGAUGAGAACGACGAUGCAGUCAGCAUAGAAAGUGGCACAAACACAGAGCGUCCAGACACCCCCACAAACACCGCUAGUGCCCCUGGCCGGAAGAGUUGGGGUAAAGGAAAAUGGAAAUCCAAGAAGUGCAAAUACUCGUUCAAAUGUGUGAACAGUCUGAAGGAAGACCACAACCAGCCCCUGUUUGGCGUACAGUUCAACUGGCACAGUAAGGAGGGAGAUCCCUUAGUUUUUGCUACUGUCGGGAGCAACCGGGUCACAUUAUAUGAAUGCCACUCGCAAGGGGAAAUCCGGUUACUCCAGUCGUAUGUGGACGCUGAUGCAGAUGAAAACUUUUACACCUGUGCGUGGACGUAUGACAGUAAUACAAGUCACCCACUCCUUGCAGUAGCUGGCUCAAGAGGAAUUAUCCGUAUAAUUAAUCCCAUCACUAUGCAGUGUAUCAAGCACUAUGUAGGCCACGGCAAUGCAAUCAAUGAACUUAAGUUUCAUCCAAGGGACCCAAACCUCCUCUUAUCUGUCAGCAAAGAUCAUGCACUGAGACUGUGGAACAUUCAGACAGACACGCUUGUGGCGAUGUUCGGCGGUGUGGAAGGUCACAGAGAUGAAGUGCUAAGUGCAGAUUAUGACCUGUUAGGGGAGAAGAUCAUGUCCUGUGGGAUGGACCAUUCCCUCAAACUCUGGCGGCUGAACUCCAAGAGAAUGAAGAUCGCUAUCAAAGACUCGUAUGAAUACAAUCCCAGCAAAACAAACAGACCUUUUAUCUCACAAAAGAUCCAUUUUCCUGACUUUUCCACAAGAGACAUUCAUAGAAAUUAUGUUGACUGUGUUAGGUGGCUCGGAGACUUAAUAUUGUCUAAGUCGUGUGAAAACGCCAUAGUGUGCUGGAAGCCAGGCAAAAUGGAGGACGACAUUGAUAAGAUUAAGGCCAGCGAGUCCAAUGUGACCAUUCUGGGGAGGUUUGAUUACAGUCAGUGUGAUAUCUGGUAUAUGAGAUUCUCCAUGGACUUCUGGCAGAAGAUGCUCGCACUUGGAAACCAAGUGGGGAAGUUAUAUGUCUGGGACCUGGAGGUGGAGGACCCACACAAAGCUAAGUGCACAACCCUAACGCACCCUAAAUGCGUGGCGGCGAUCCGACAGACCAGCUUCAGCCGGGAUAGCAGUAUUCUCGUAGCGGUCUGCGACGACGCCACCAUUUGGCGCUGGGACAGACUCCGGUGAACCCUCUUCUUGUGAAGAGAACCCCUUACCCUAAUAAACCAGUCUGGUUUAUGUACAUGCUCUCGCAUUUUGCGAUUGGCGUUCGUAGUAGGCUUGUCGGCCGAAGCUGAGUUUAGUGACCUUGUUCUUCUCUGUACCAUUUUCCUCGCUACAAUUCAGCUGCUUUUAAUAAAAAUUUAUUUUUGUACAGCUUUCUGUAACGUCUGUUUUUAUGGAUUUUAAUGUAUUUACUGUCUGUAUAUGCGGUUUGUAUGAUUGUGUAAUAUGGGCACGUGGGAAGAAAACGCGUUGUGUUCGACUUUUUGUAAAUAUAUUGUUUUGUAGCCUUUUAAAAUAGUUGUUAAUUUAAGAAAUCCUGUUUUGAUGGUUACUGGUAACGUCUGAAAGAUUAAAUCCGAAAAUAAAAAGUGCAAAAGGCUGAAAUAUCUAUCGCCAUGCAUCAUGUUAUGGAGAAAUAAAUAAAAUUAACUUAACUAUCAAA